GGGAAAAAAAGCAGAGAGAGGAGAGGAGAGGAGAGGAGAGGAGAGGAGAGGAGAGGAGAGGAGAGGAGAAAGACGGAGAGGAGCGAUCGGCGCUGCGCUCGGGGCCGCUGAUGCCAAGAGCCGAGGGACGCUGUGACAGUCCCAGAACGCUGAGGCGUCGCACCCCCACCGCGCAGACAGACGGACGGACGAGGCAGAGACGCACGGACGCACAGACAGAUGAGGAGAGACCGCCGACCGGGCUCCGGACCUGGGUGCCUGGCGCUGUGAUCCUGCCCCCGGGGAGUGUAGAGGGGGCAUGGCGGGCGCUCAGGGUGUCCGGUGGUUGGCCGCCUGCCUGCUGCUGAUGGCAGCGGCCCCGCCCCCGUGCCAGGGCUGCCCGCCCCGCUGUGACUGCAUCCCGCAGCUCAAGGCGGUGUCCUGCCAGCGGAAGCGCCUGACGGGCAUCCCAGAGGGCAUCCCCACGGAGACACGGGUGCUGGACCUCAGCCGCAACCGGCUGCGCUGGGUGGAGCAGGGCGACCUGGCGCCCUACCCGCGGCUGGAGGAGGUGGACCUGAGCGAGAACGUCAUCAGCGUGCUGGAGCCCAACGCCUUCGCCAACCUGCAGAGCCUCCGCGUACUGCGCCUGCGCGCCAACCAGCUCAAGCUGGUGCCCAUGGGCGCCUUCUCCCGCCUCGGCAACCUGACCACGCUGGACCUGAGCGAGAACAAGAUCGUCAUCCUGCUGGACUUCACCUUCCAGGACCUGCGCAGCCUGCGCCACCUGGAGGUGGGCGACAACGACCUGGUGUACAUCUCCCACAAGGCCUUCGUGGGGCUGCUGGGGCUGGAGGAGCUGACCAUCGAGAGGUGCAACCUGACCUCCAUCUCCGGCCAGUCCCUGUCCUACCUGCGCAACCUGGUCACCCUGCGGCUCCGGCACCUGAGCAUCACCGCCCUGGAGGACCAGAACUUCCGCAAGCUCUCCAGCCUGCGGGGCCUCGAGAUCGACAACUGGCCCUACCUGGAGUACAUCUCCCCGCUCAGCUUCCAGGGCCUCAACCUCUCCUGGCUGUCCAUCACCAACACCAACAUCACCUCCGUCCCCUCCGCCUCCUUCCGCAACCUGGCCCACCUGACCUCGCUCAACCUCUCCUACAACCCCAUCUCCGUGCUGGAGUCCUGGGCCUUCCGCGACCUGGUGCGCCUGAAGGAGCUGCACCUGGUGAGCACGGGCCUGGCGACGGUGGAGCCGCACGCCCUGGGUGGUCUCCGGCAGAUCCGCCUCCUCAACCUGUCCGGCAACGAGCUGGUGACGCUGGAGGAGGGCUCCUUCCACUCCGUCAACAGCCUGGAGACGCUGCGGGUGGACGGCAACCCGCUGUCCUGCGACUGCCGUCUGCUGUGGAUCCUGCAACGCCGCAAGACCCUCAACUUCGACGGCAGGACGCCCGUUUGCGCCGGGCCCGCGGAGGUGCAGGGCAACACCCUCAGCACCUUCUCGGACUCGGCGCUCUUCGACUACUUCACCUGCCAGAAGCCCAAGAUCCGCAACCGCAAGUUGCAGCAGGUGACGGCGCGCGAGGGCCAGCCCGUCACCUUCGUGUGCCGGGCGGAGGGCGACCCCACGCCUGCCAUCGUCUGGAUCUCGCCACAGCGGCGCCGGAUCACCGCCAAGACCGGCGGCCGCAUCACCGUGCUGCCGGGGGGCACGCUGGAGAUCCGCUACGCCCAAGUGACCGACAGCGGCACCUACAUCUGCAUCGCCAGCAACGCCGGCGGCAACGACACCUACUUCGCCACGCUGACCGUCAAGGGCCAGCCGCUGGACGCCGCCCUCUUCGCCAACCGCUCCUUCUACGCCAGCGACCUGAACGACACCAAUCUGAACAGCACGCGCGUCUUCCUCAAGUUCACCCUGGACCUCACCACCAUCCUGGUGUCCACCGCCAUGGGCUGCAUCACUUUUCUGGGCGUGGUGCUCUUCUGUUUCCUGCUGUUGUUCGUGUGGAGCCGCGGUCGUGGGCAACGCAAGAACAACUUCACAGUAGAGUACUCCUUCCGGAAAACGGAGGGCCCGACCACCAGCGGGAGCCAAGGAGGGGCGCGCAAGUUCAACAUGAAGAUGAUAUGAAACAACGCAGCCAGGGGCACUCCGGGGGAGGCAUGAGCACGCCCCACACGCGCACACAGCACUAACUCGCACGCACACGCCCCCCGUGCGCACUCGUAAGCACGCGCUCACUUAGGACAACCCAAACGACAACACGAGAUUCGAUUUGGGGGGCGAAAAACCAAAACAAAAUGACCUUGCUCUCACUGCCUUCGAUCUCCCCUGUCAGCUUGUGGUACAAAAAAAAGAAAAACAAAUGCUUUAACAUAGUGAUAAUCAACCUCUGUCACUCUAUCCAUUGUGGUUUAUCAUGAUUAGAAAAACAAAAUGACAGAAAGCUGUGUAAUUUCUUAAUUCUGAUGCGAAGCAUUGUCGGUCAUGGCUCUCCUGGUCUGAUGUGCUGUACAGUGAGUAUUUGGUGAGUACUUGAUCAAUCGCAUGCUCAUCAGCAGCAGUGUUUGGUCAGUCUCAGUUCACAAAGUGAUGUUUGACAGGCGAGAGUCAUGGCUGUCAGUCUCAGCCAUCAGGCCUUUCUUUUUCCGGACCCUCUUGUUCUUAAAAAAAUUUACUAUGGAAUGCAACAGUGUGAUUUAAAAUUGUAAAAAAAAAAGUAAUGACUCAAGUGGUUUAAAAUUUAAAACCAAGCCAAUCUUUUGUAAUGAGUUUUUAUUUGUUAAUGCAGCUCACAUUUGCGUAUGUGAGGAGAAAAAAAGAGUUUAGGCCACAGCUGAAGUGAGAGAGGUUUUUGAGACAAGGACCAAAAAAAAAGCAAGAAUGUGAGUGAAUAAAUCUGGCUGAUCUGCGGCCACAAGCCAAGCAUCACCCAAGAGGUGGCCACACUUUUACAGUGAUGCAGGCUUCCUGGCCGCAGCUCAUUGUCAAAUGAAUAAUGAAAAAAAAAGAACAAAUAUUAUAAAAGAAUGAGGACAUCUUAAAUCUGGAAAAGAGAUUCAUUAGGUUAACCCUUGCGACUAGGAGCUGUGUGAAGUUGGGACGAGCACACUGGCCGCAGCUUGCUGUGAGCCUCCGCCCAGAGGGAGUGGCCAGGAGGCCAAGCCCUGGGCGCUGGCUGCACAGUGACCAAUGAGGAGCAGUUUGGGGGCGUGAGGAGGGCGGGGCCAGUUCAUGGGACCGCCCCCUUUCUCCCAACCACACUGGUCCUUGUCCGACUGCCGACACGACUCGCUGCCUGGGGGGGAGCGGUCAUUGUUGGCAGAAACACAAGACAAGCAAACACUCACUUUCUCUCUCUCUCUCUCUCUCUCUCACACACACACACACACACACACAC